UUUUCUUGUGAUUCCACUUAUUGGCUAUGCAGAUUAUUGAAAUUAUGGCAAGACUAAUUGAUAUUAAUGCUGUAUCAUGUUCUUAUGUUAUAUUAAGCUUCUUGCUGAUUUUCAGCAUAUUUGAUCUAAUUGUCUCUUAAUAGCCAUAUACAGGGACAACAUCUUUUUUGUCACUGUUACCAAAACACCAAACAUCAAUCGCAUUGUUGGGAAAAUCUUUGAGAAGAACGGCUACCCAGAGUUUGCUACCGAGGGCGAUGCAAUCUGCCAACUCAAUAACCUCUUUAGGAGAAUUUCUCAACCAAUAUUACUGGUGCUUGAUGAUGUUUGGUCUGAAUCAGAGUCCGUCAUCGAUCAUCUUAAAUUACAGAUACCUGAUUUUAAGAUUUUGGUCACUUCGAGAUUUGUGUUCCCAAAAUUUGAUACAUAUAAAUUAAAGGUUUUGAGCGAGGAGGAUGCAAAACAUCUCUUCUGCACUUCAGCUUUUAAAGAUGGCAUCCCUGAUGUGCGACUUGAUCUUGUUGAUAAGGUGGUGAGAAGUUGUGGCGGUUUUCCACUGGCUCUUAGAGUUGUAGGCCGUUCAUUGUGUGGCCAGUCUGAGGUGACAUGGUUUAACAGAGUAAUGAUGCAGUCAAAAAGGCAAAUUCUCUUCCCUACUGAGAAUUAUCUGCUUCGUUCUUUGCAAGCCAGCAUUGAUGCCUUGGAUGAAAAAGCUCUUUACAGCAGAGAAACAACUACAUUAAGAGACUGCUACCUUGAUUUAGGAUCAUUUCCUGAAGAUCAUUUCCAAAAUCUUUCUCACCAAUCUAUGCCUUAAUAUCUAGAAGACGACCUACUGCUACACUUCACCAAGACUUUCCCCAAAAUAAUCCAUUUUGCAGUGUUACGUAGCAAUGGCAGCAGCUCUCUUGGGAGGAGCUGCUUUGGGUCCAGUAUUCGACCGACUUCUCAAAGUAGUUGUUGAUUUUGGCGUAAACAUUGCCACUUUCCGUUCCGAAUUCCUAAGCUUGAAACAGACAUUAAUCUACAUCAAACCAGUAUUCGAUGACAUUGAGAGGCUAAGCAAGGCCCUAGACGGCCGAGAUGAAGAAAUAGACAUGUUUAAGAAGCAGUUGAUGAAAGGUGAAGACCUAGUCCUCAAGUGUUCCAAGAUUAAAAGCUACGACCCUUUGAAGUGGAAUUACUCCAGAAAACUAACGAAGUUGGAAAAUUCACUAAUGAAGGUCUGCCAGAUAGACGGUAUAUUUCAGCUGCUUAGGGAUAGUAAAUCGACUCGGGUUAAUGUUAUUGAAAAUCGCAACAUAUUGGAGGAGAUCCACUCGAUGUUGAGGAAUGUUUCAUUGACGAGAUCCGGGAGUAGUAUUGUAUUUACAAAUUCUAGUGGUUCUUCAGGGUGGAUGAAUGGUUCUAGUCUUGGGUUUUCAGGAUUGUCUAAUAUGCCUCAAGUUUCUGAUUCUAUGGUUGGAUUUGAAGUCCCACUUCAUGAAUUGAAACAGAAAUUGAAGCUGCUUCAGGAGAAAGAUCAAGUCCUGGUUCUUUCUGCUCCUCCAAUAAUUUCUUGUACCAACACACCUCAUGGUACAACCUUACGAUAAAAGCUGUCUUAAAACUUUCGAUGUCACUUGACCAUUAUAGGGGAAACGCACUUUACUACUAAGGAAAUAUAAAAUCAACCAGAAGGAUUAGUUAGAACUAUACAGAGGAAAUUUGUGCUAACAAACAUAGUCAUACACAAGCCCUAAUACUAUAAGCAUCUUAACUUACAAAAACCAGAAAGAGCACAUGAUUUGUUUGACACAAAUGCAUAUAAGGAAAGUACAAGAAUUACAACAUAACAAAACUGUAUGACAUUAUAAAAAGAUUAUGAACUCAAGUAUGGAAACUCCAUUACUUUUUCAGCCAAUUCCUCCUAUGGUGAUAGAAGAAAUAAUUCAUGGGCAGA